CCCCAUCAUUUUCAUUACAACAACAACAGCUGCUACUUCUACUAGAGCAUCAUCUACUAAAAACUUUACAAUCCCAAAUAUGUUCAAAUUUCCUCCUCCUGUCCGACGCCUUGCAACAAUUUAGAUUUUCGUAUGAUCAUCUUCCCAGCUUUCUACAUCGAGAAUAAUCGCCUCUAGCGGACUUUGUUGUAUCCACCCAGAACUACCGAAAAAAUUUUGUUUCAAAGGCAAGCGAAGAGAUCAAAGUCGCUUCCCGCAAAGGACGGCCUCGGUGAAGUGCGGUUCUCUCAUCUGCGCGAGGUCGAAAAGUUAUCGCGGGUAGAGAAAAUGAACAAGCAGGAGCUACAGCUUCACGAGCACCAUUCCUACGACGAUAUUGGGCUGCUCGUGCAGCCUCAGCGCAUGAUGACGCCGUUGUUCUGGCGCCCUCUUCGCAAAAUGACUUCUACAACCGAUGUGGUAGUUGAAACCCCGCGCGUCGGGGCGGCGACGAAGAAAAUGAAAAUAAAUGUGGGGACGGCCACGGUAAGUAACACGACUCACUAUGUUAUUUUGCUCCAACAGCAUCAUGUGUAGUACUGAUAAUUCGUACUGGAAGAUGUAAUCCGCUCGCACUUCUUGUAGCACUCAUUAAAAACAUCUGCGAACAACGUCAAAAAAUGGUAGAACUCUCUCCGUAGCUUUUUCACUCCUCAACUUACUACCAGGUGCUUGCCACGGCCCUGCUGCUCGGUUUUUUUUCGCAGCAAGCUGAUUUUCCCUUUUGCGUACGAGCCACUUCUGGUUCUGGUGGCCCAUCUUUGUUGGCCGAAGACGGAGCGGCAGGCGGACCAGCGCGCGCCGCUGGUGCACACCGCUCGAUUGCCCCAGACGUCGAAGAAGGCCGCAUAUGAGAGUGCACAUCACCCCGGGCGAACCUGGCUCACCCCUGCUCGCUCAUUCCUUUGUAAUGCGAAAUAUCAACGUUCCCACAUGUUGCGUUUCGAAAAAUGGUUGUGAAUUCUCACGAGCGCAAACAGUACUAGAUAGAAGCUAAUACGUGCCACAGGUUUGUAAAGGUUCACAAGCUGCAGUACUGCAUGGUUUUGUAGUGAUGUUGCUGUAGUACUGGAACUAGGUAUGCGUCAAGUUGUGAGGGGGAGUAAAGGGACUUAUCGAAGCAUCUGCACUUUCAUACGCAGCCGCGGGGCCUCCAUUGCACAGUUCGGGCCAGGACGACGAGGAUGGUGACUUUUCGUCUGAAGAUCAUGACUCCGAGGUGGCCGCCUUCGUUGCUUGGCACUUCCGGAGCGUUUCCGGGAUGUUAAAAAACGGAAAUGCAGCCGCAGGGCGUCGGGGAAACAAGAAGAGGAAGAAGAGGUCCAAGCAGGAGGUACUCGCUGGGGAAGGAGCGCUUUCGGCAGAACAGAAUAGCGGACGAAAAGUGGUGUCCACGAAAAACGACUGGGGAGCAUUUUUGCAGGCUGCGGCCGUGUACCAUGCGAGCAAACAGCCUGAAUCUGCUAGCCAAGAAGACGGUAAACAACCUCAGCCUGCUAGUCAAGAUGAAGCUGAUGGAGGCAGCACCACCAGCCAGGACAACAACAGUGACGCUCUGCUUGGCGGCUCCAAAAAGUACGAAGAUGAUGCAACCGCUCCUGCUGCGGCCGCCGCGCAACACGGUGGUGUAAGUGAAGGCGAAGAAGGUUCUGGACCCGUUCAGGACGAGAUAGAUUCCGGUUCAUCUACUUCGGGGGAAGAACAAUUUCUACAGCGCCAAGAGUUCCGGAGCCAUCGGUUGGGGACCCCCGGCGGUUCUCCCGGACAUCAGCAUACAACCACACCGACCUUGGACCACACGAGGCCCAGCGGGGUCGCAACUACGCCCCAUACUGCAACGAGUAAGGCGCCGCGGGUGCAUCUUCAUGGAGAUAUCUCUGGCAAAACUUCAACUGAAGAACCUUGGCGACGAGGCACGAAUCAAGCAGAUUUUCAACCGGUUCGAGGAUCAUCAGAUGGGCGGCCUUCUUACACUAACCGACCUCACCCGUAUAACCCGCCGGAUAGCCGGCUGAGAGGCCAUGCUGCGACCAGCGCUGGUGCUGCGCAGGGGGCCGGUGUCCGACCGCACACGCAAAUCGGGGGCCAUGUUGAUCAGCCGCACCGACCGGGUGGUGCUGGUGCUGUUCCUCCAGGAGCAAGGCCCCAAGCGGGACGGCCACUGGUCGGGCCGCAAGGCCAACAUCAACACCUGCCGCCCACCUCGUUUCCGUCGCACACGACCUCACCGCCGCAAGGAGCGCAUCUUCUACCAGCCCCAACAGCAAGUUCCUCCACAGGCCCGGCUGGUGCCCCUGGAAGUCGCUCACCAGUUCAACAAAAACCCGCGGGUGCUGGUAGCAGCUCCGGACUACUAGAACCCGCUGGUGGUAAACAGCUUCAUCCUGCUCCUCCACCUCAGCAACAGCCUGCUGCUCCACCUCAGCCUCCUGCUCAACCUCGGCCGCCCGCGCAAAUAAAACCUGCUCCGCCUCCUCCUGCCCAACAUCUUCCGGGUGCAAAUCCUGCUUCUGUUCCUUCUCCUCCGCCGACUUCUCCUCCGCCAGGUCCUCCUCGUCAGCACGGCCCCCCCUUCAUACCACCGACGCCGCAUUACGAGGUGAUUGGUGUUGUGGAGUUGUCUUUCGUUUCUCGGGGAACUCCGACCGGGACGUGGGAGGAUGCUGCCAUCUUCAGCGAGGAACAGCUGAAGAAGAAUGGAGCUCAUCUUCAGACUCGCAAAGCAAUUGUGGCCCUGAAGCUACCAGGUAUUUUCGACCCACCUAUUCCGAGUGGCAAGGUGAAGGUAUGGCGUUCUCAGCUGUUACACUCUCAACUGUUACAUGAUUGAGCUUGUCAUGCAAAAUUGGCACCAAGACCAACAUCUACAUGAUCGAGCUGCCUCGUGCGGCAAGUUGUUCUCAACGCGCUAGACAGCAUGAUAGAGAAGCUGCCCCAAACCUGCAAUGCAAAAGGCUCAGUCUUCUAUCUUUCACUUUUGCCGUUCUUGCAUUACAAAUCCAUUUUAGUAAUACAGCUCUGCAGCGAGUGUGACGCUUGAGAACUCCAUAGCAGGGAAUGGAUUACGUGGUCCUGCAGAGCGACAACAGGGCUGUGUUUUUUCUGGACCAAUCAGCUCCGGCGGUCGACUUGCAACAAGGAUUGCAAAAGCAACUGGGAGCGAAAGCUGAUGGCCUUCACGUCGCCCAUAUGCAUGUGAAGCAGGCGGCCUACACGUGGUUUUCCAGUCGCGACGCCAAUAAAUUUCAGGGAUUCCCUGUCCUGGAUACGCAGAAUACCAAAGAUGAACUUCCUGCAGCUGCGCCCGAGAGUCAAGAAACCUGCAUGCGGAAAUGCACGCUGGACGUGCAAGAGGAGAAGCAAGGAUGUGGUUUUCUCAAACGUUACAUUCUCAACUGCUACAUGAUGAAUUUGUGAAGCAAGAAUGGCAAAAGUGAAAGGAAGAAGAAGAUUGCGCCUUUUGCAUUACAGAUUUGGGACGGACUCUAGUGCUAUUUAGCGCGUCGAGAAGUUCUUGUCAUGCGAAGAAGGCGCUAUCGUGGGAAGAGUGAUAGUGUUUUUGCAUGACAAAAAAUCAUGGAACUAUAUGAGAAUGUAACGUUUGCGAGCCCCAUAAAGGCGCUGGUGCUGGCCCGCCGACACACCACCACUGCAUCGGCUGGGCUUGGUUCGAAGUAACAAGCGGGGGCGCACCUUCCCAGGGCAGAUGCCUCAUCGUGAGGGAGGGGGAGAACGCGCACGCAGCGCCGCCCUUCAAGACGUCUGUGGACAACGUUAUCAAGGAAGAGAUGGAAAAGAAGGGAGGCGACUUGAAAACCUACUGCAAACAGGACCAGGGGACGAUGAAAGAGACGGACGCCACAACCGAUGCGAGCGCGAACGAGGACCACCCAGGCGCUGACCACCUGCAGAAGCAACAUUCCACGUGCGGGCGCCAUCACUUUGGGGGGAGCCACUGCUUCUGCGCUCCUGCGGUGGGAAGCCAGCACCAGCGCCCGCAAGAAAAAACAGGACACUACCUGAUGAAAGUGUUUUUUGGUGCGCACGACAGCAAAAUUUGCGGCUGGGACGCACAAAUUGGCAGCCAGUGUCGGACGGAGGAUAACGAACCUGGAACGUGCGUCUUCGAUUGCCACAGCAGGACGGCGUUUCUUGGUCGUUUUUCUCAUGAUCUGUGCCAAUGUGUCGCUCGCCCCCAGGACGCGCAGGCGGCGGGCACGGUGAUCGAUGAAGACCCGUACAACCAAAAAUGUCACGGGGCAAACGACGGCACCGUUUUUCGUUCUACGCAGAGCGCUCCGAGGACUAGCGGCACACCUUGUGGGUUCGGAACUAUGCCUUGCAAUAGUACUAUGAUCGCACUAACAAGCGCAUGAGAAUAGAUAUCCCACUCCUCAGCAUCAGAAAUGGAGUUUGUGAUGCAUGAUUGUAAUCCUAAUUGGCUUCUAACGAGUGCGAUGCUUUUGCAAGGCAUAGGCGGUCACAAAGCAGGUCAGUGCGAGGUAAAACCGCCGAAAAACUUAUGCCCAGAAAAAGCUGUCUCGGUCUCAAAUCUUUGCAGCAGUUGUGACUCGGCAAUACAAAUUUGCUCAGCCUGACUACGGGCAAAACCUGUGAUGCGUCAGGCACAAGAGAUAAUUUUGAUUCUUGCAUAUCGAGCAUGACAGAACAGAAAAAUAAUCUCAAGGAGUGUGCUCUGUGUUCCGCAUUACAAGUUGAGACUGAUUCGGUUUUUUCUCGCGAUAAGACUGGCGCGACCAGUUGUGUGUGAACCUGGUGGACGCAGCGACCCUCGUUGUCAACCCGCUGGCUUAUGGAGUUCUCAAACGAAGCACUGCUUGCUGUUACAUGAAGAUUUGUCAUGCAAAAUUACCAGCAUCAGGAUGUUGGGAUCAGCAUCGCUCCACACGAUCAAGUAGCCAGUAAGCAUGCCAAAUUCAUCUCGAAGGGCCACCAAACAUGAUGGAAAUCUGUGGCUGUGCCGAAUUUGUAAUGCGAGACCUGAGCAGAGAGAAAGCCGCCCUAGCCCCCUUUUCACUUUUGCUAAUCUUGUUGCAUCGCAAAUUCGUGCUGCGGCAGCUGAUAGUGUAACGCUUGAGAACUGCGUCAUACGCGGAUGACGAAAGGUAUGCAAUUGGUCUGGAAUGCACUAUCGCAAAAACAGCCCGCUAUCGACGAGAUAAACAAGGAAACCGCCACGGAACUCAUGGCCUUCAUGCAUGGCGACGGGUCACUGUUGCAGAUCAACCCGUAUGCAUUGCAAGAGUAUCGUACUGCUCGUACCAAUUGCAAUUUGUGCAUUACAAAUCUAGGCGUUAGGUCUACUUUAUGUAGUACUUUCACCAUGCGCUUUUCCUUUUCCUUUUGCUUUUCAUUGAUAUAG